AUGUCGCCAAUGAUUCUCAACCGCCCUUCGGAUGGUCCUGCCAUGGGUCUUUCUCCUACUCAAGAACGCGCCUUCGCUCAGUUCCCCUCCCAGUCCAUGCUAGAUUCCUCUAGCAACUUCCAUGGCUAUUCUGCAAACCAUAGCUCGAUGCUUGCCAACGGUGGCUCAGCCCAGCCUCUCUUUAAUGCUGGCCCGGUAUCUACUCCUACCGCCGCACCCAAGCCAUCCCGCAAGAGGUCGCGUGAUGAUGCUUCAUUCGGGGAAGCUCUCGCUGUGCCUCCAGCACCGAUCCCCGCUCCGGCACCUAAAGAAGAGCCUAUAUAUGGCGAGGGGAUGGUCUUGUUGAAUCCUCAGACUGGCAUUGCUCUCUCGGCCGACAGUCAAACUGGUACAUGGUACGAAGAGACAGCCGAGUCGCAAGCUGCCAAAACUGCGCCGGUCUCGUCGCUCUCCAAUGCGCUGCAAUCUGAUGCUGCCGAUGUCUCCCGUAAAUCCCAGCGGCUCGGCGUCUCUGCCCCGGGCCUUGAUGAUAUUGCAUUGCACUCAAAUCAAACCCGCCUGGACGGCUCCGAGGCUGACCAGCACCGCAAUCUGACAGGCGGAUCUACACCACCUGCUGAACCCCUCAUCGACGAUGCCACCCUUCUCCUCGGUAUCAGUUGGCAACGCAUGGAUACCGACAACGAUAUGGCGCCUGCUGUGCGUGGCUGGAUCAAGUAUAUCGACAACCAGUACGCUGCCCAUUUGCGUAACUCGCAGAUGCUCAUGAAAAGCCGCGCCCUUAACGCCUACCUCGUGGCCGCGACGCCUGUCUCUGCCUUCUCUCCCGCCUUCUACCUUUUCAACGAAGACCUCACCCAAGCUCAACUUGUGGCUUCCUCGUGGGAUGCUUGCCUGCAGAAUUUACGCAGCACGCCUAUCAUCUUCGAGGGCCCCGCCCCCAUCGCCGCUGCAAGCCGCUCCAACUCUCCUCCCUCCACCGAUCCUUUCAACACCACUGGGGACAUGGGUGUACCUCUCCUCCAGCAAGCCAUUUCAAACCACUCACACGCACCCCUCAGCGUAACAGGAACCGGGCUGAACGGAGGCGUCGACAUGGGAAUGGAGAUUGACUCAUAA